GGUGCCGCAGGGUUUGGUGAUCCGCCCAUUAACACAUUUGUACAAGGGUGCACCACAAUGCCUUGUGACGUGGUACAGGGAGAAGAUGCAAUUAUACACGUCGUUUUUGAGGCUCCACACACAAUCCGAAGUAUGAAAACCGUUGCACGUGUAACUUUCGGUUUAAAUUUUAAUUACACUCUUGGUGAAAAUGAAGUGACUUGUAAUCAUCUGCAAAACACAUAUUGUCCGCUGCAGAAGGGAGAGAUAGUACAGUAUACGCUUCGAAUGUUCAUAGAACCAUUUUUCCCAACAAUUGCAGUAUCAGUUGACUUCUUGGUUGAAGACUCGGAUCGGAUCCCUAUUUGGUGCGCAAGAAUUCGAAUUCAGGUCGUAAACCCGCAGCAGAAGAGAAUAUUAUCCGAUUAUUCCAAUAGACCUUCUCUCAAUAGAUUUUUAUUAAAACACCGUCCAUCAAAUGAAGUUAAUUGA